GGCCCCUUAAUAGAACUGGACUUCUUCCCAAGCUGCCUUCUCUUCCUUUUCCUCACGCUCGAGCUACUUGACUUUCAUUUAAUCUUUGCGCCAAGAGCAACAUUGCUGUGCCCUGAAGCAUUCACCGCAAGCCGUUGAAACACAGGCCAGAACUCGCGAUCGGCCCUAUUAGGACGCAGCUCCCCUUAACUUCCCACCAACACUGCUCAACCUCCUUGAAAGCCCUCGGCGAUUCCGGGCUUCUUUGAAUUCUCUCCACGGUAAACAUGGCGGCGCCGACUCCACCACAACCUCCCGUCUCUCCAGAUUCUGGUCCUACGGACCCCAACCUGCCCAAGCUGCCUCCGGGCUGGAUCGCUCAAUGGGACAAUACGUCUAGAAGAUAUUACUACGUCCAAAUCAGUACUGGGAAGUCGCAAUGGGAGCAGCCGACCGAAAACGACGGUGGUGCUUCACCGAAAGGAACCCCUGCGCAAUCUACAGACCCGUAUAACCCACCCGGGGACACUGAAGGGACGAGGGGCGUCGAUGGUCCAACUGGCUCUCGCGCUGGUGGCCUUGGUGGCUUCGCGUUGAAUGCGCUCACAGGCGGUGGAAAACAGUCGCAUGGCAGCCACGGAGGGGGAGGCAACCUAGUCGGCCAACUCGCUGGCUCAUUUCUCGGAGGGGGGAAGCACUCAAACAGUGGCGGACAUGGUAGCAGUGGGCACGGCAGCGGAAACCUUGUCGGCCAGAUAGCCGGAGCCGUAUUGGGCGGCGGCAAGCAUGGUCAUGGAAACCAGCAGCAGUCUGGCCACGGUUCAAGUCAAGCCGGAGGGAUUGGUGGCUUGAUUGGAAACGUGCUUGGAGGCGGUUCGCACAAACCUUCCAGCGACUAUGGAUACAACCACAAUGCGUCCACUUCCUCAGGCGGAACAUACACAGGCAGCGCACCUCCCACCGCAUACCAGCCGUCCGGCGGUCAGCACAGUUACUCCUCGCCGGCCCCUCAGUCAGGUUCAUACCCGCAACAACAGCAAGGCUAUCCUCCCCAUCAACAACAGCAACAACACUCACCCUACCCUUCCCAGCAACAACAGCAGCACUCUCCCUACCCUCCCCAGCAACACCAACAGCAAUAUGACCAGUAUGGCGCUCCGCCACCAGGCCAAUACCAAGGAAACGCUGGCUAUGGUCAACAAGCUGGCUACGGCGGCCCCAGUCCUCACCCGCCGAACCAGUAUGGUGGUAAUCCUCCUUACGGAGGUGCGCCCCCUCACACUGGAGGUGGCUAUGGCCAACAACCUCCUCCGCCACACCAGCAAUACGGUGGCCCACCGCCUCCGGGUCAAGGAGGUCCUGGAGGAUAUGGAUAUGGACAAGGGCAAGGACAUGCAGGCGGACCACAGCAGCCCGGAUGGUAACCCACUGUUGAGGGAGAUGUGGGCUUGGGAUAUAUAUACGUGUCGGGCGGGUGUCGGACAUAGAAACGAGUAGUUGGCUUCGGGAGCGUGUGAACAGCUAACGGGCUCUCUCUUGCAAACUUGAUCGAUUUAUUAGUACUUGCAUGCUUGAUCUUGUUUAUUAAUCCUCUCAGUCAUGAGUUUAGAUUUAGUCGAACAUAUUCUUUUUUAUUAUACUCUCGCAUAUGCGAUUACGAAACCGUCAAGAGAUAUUC